GACUGUCUCGUGUGCGAUAGCAGUUCGUCUGCUCCAGCACGUUUUAAAAAAACAUUAUUAACUUAUUUAGCUGAAUUAGUUAUUCUAAAUAUGUCAGGCACUGAGCUUUUAUCUGAUCAAGGUUUGAGAAUUGAUGGACGGAAGCCGAAUGAAUUACGCAGGAUUCGCUGCUCGCUUGGCAUUUUUGCUCAAGCUGACGGAUCAGCUUACUUAGAACAGGGCAAUACAAAAGUCCUUGCUGCUGUUUAUGGACCACAUGAAAUUCGAGGAUCAAAAUCAAAGGCACUGCAUGACAAAGCAUUUGUCAAUUGUCAGUACAGUACAGCAACAUUCAGCAUGGGAGAGAGGAAACGCAGGCCUAGAGGUGAUCGAAAGAGCACUGAAAUGUCAACUCAUUUGGAGGAGACGUUUGCAGCAGCCAUAAGGACUGAAUUGUAUCCAAGAUCCCAAAUUGACAUAUUUGUAGAGGUCCUGCAAGCUGACGGCGGAAACUACACUACGUGCGUGAAUGCCGCCAUGAUGGCGCUGGUAGAUGCCGGAGUUCCUCUCAAAGACACUGUUGUAUCUUGCACUGCCUCCCUAGUCAAGGACAUGCCUCUUGUGGAUGUGAAUCACGUUGAGCAAAGUGGCGGGAGUCCUGAACUGGUCGUUUCAAUUCUACCGCACUCGGGAGAGAUUGUUUACAUGUCGCUAACUCAACGUUUCCACAUCGACCACCUCAGUAAAGUUCUGGAUACGGCCAUUAAGGGAUGCAAGGACAUUGGCGCCAUUUUGAAAGAAAUUAUGAAGGGGCAUCUGACCAAGUUGGACACUUCAUUGCAAGCCUCGUGAGAGCGAAAAUAAAAUGACUGGAAUUUCGAA